GAAAGAGGCGCGUCGCCAAAAUGAUGGAAGAAAUAGACAGAUUCCAGGUGCCGAGCGCCGUGCAGGAGGCGGAGAUGCAGGCGGAGAUGCAGCCGCUGGACCCGGCCUCGUCCACGGCCUCAGAGGCGGACUCAGACACCCGAGAUGGGGAACCUGUCACUAUCAACUACAAGCCCUCGCCCUUGCAGAUGAAAAUAGAGAAACAGAGAGAGCUGGCUAGGAAGGGCUCACUGAAGAACAGCAACACUGUAGGAAGUCCAGUCAACCAGCAACCCAAGAAGAACAACGUCAUGGCCAGAACACGGUUGGUAGUGCCCAAUAAAGGCUAUUCCUCUUUAGACCAGAGCCCAGAUGAGAAGCCCUUGGUGGCCCUAGACACAGACAGUGAUGAUGAUUUCGACAUGUCUAGAUACUCAUCGUCGGGAUACUCCUCUGCUGAGCAAAUCAAUCAGGAUCUGAACAUCCAGCUACUGAAAGAUGGUUACCGCCUAGACGAGAUCCCGGACGACGAGGACCUGGACCUGAUCCCGCCCAAAUCAGUCAACCCUACCUGCAUGUGCUGCCAGGCCACCUCCUCCACCACCUGUCAAAUACAGUAACCCCACCCCUCUGACCUUCCGCCCCUUCCCAUUUCCACACAAUAUA